AAAUGCAGCCGCUGGUCUAGCCGCUUCUGCAUUUGCUAUCAUCUCAUGAAGCCAUGGACAUGUCACCCGAGCACCAGCUCCCUCUCUUCAAGCUCAUUCUCCCUCAUUAACCUAUCAACGCCCAAGCACUCCCACACCUUCUUCCAUCCACGACACCGUUUUCUCAGAUUCAAUCCCAUCGCCUGUAGUACCCCUGAUAGUGGCGGCAACACCAACGUUAACGAUGGCGGCAGCGGCGUGCCAGACUCAGUUCAAUCACCGACCAUGCCACCGCCGGGAGCUGUGGAAGUACGCUUCAGAAGAAGGUCGAGAAGGCAAGCCAGGCAACAGAGGGGUGAUGGAGGAGUCUCGAACGCCGCGCAAUCCACCAAGGCAAAGGUUUCAGCGAGUUAUCCGAAGAAAUGGGAGGACAUGAGCUUGGCGGAGAAGGCAACUGACUUGUACAUGGGAGAGAAGGGUUUACUGUUUUGGCUUAAUAAGUUUGCAUACGCUUCAAUCUUCAUAAUGAUAGGGGCUUGGAUAUUGUUCAGGUUUGUGGGGCCGUCCCUUAAUCUUUACCAGUUGGAUUCUCCUCCUCUCUCCCCUUCUUCCGUGUUCAAGGGAUCUUCCUGAUCUCUCAGGAGUUGCAACUGCUGAGUACUGCUUCCUCGGGCGAAGAAAUUGGUUUGCCUUUAAUCCUGGUGCAUGCCAGGAUUAUGUUAAUUCUCACAAUAGUAGAAGUACCCUGAUCAGGAGCGCACGAGCAAGUAAUACCUUUUAGUGCAUGAAUAAAGUUGGAUAGAGUAUGAAUUUCAUGUCCA